AUGACGAAAAACUCUCCAAAUCUAAAGCGCAAAAUAGUCACCAUCGUAAAAGAACACACCGAAUUAUGGGAAAUUUUUCAACAAUUCAACCGACUGUGGAGCGAUUUAUUCGCCAUUGUGUACUUUCUCUUGACUCAUUUAACUUGUUUGUAUCUGUAUCUCUUUGUGUUCAGCGAGACAAAUGACGACUUGAAACGAUUAAAUUCACCCCACAGAAGAUUUAUAUUCGCAUUCUGUUUUGCUGUUUUUGCGAUUAUUUGCGUAUUUGGUUCAUUUGCUGUUUCGAAAUUAACUUCUUCGAUGUACGACAAUUUCAUAUCAGUCGAAAGAUUGUCAUCCGUGAAUUUAACUUUACUGAACAAACUGAAGAUUCUCAACUUUAUGAAAAGAUUUGGGAAAUUACCUCUUGGAGUUUCCAUCGGAGGAUUCUUCUUUAUUAAACAAGACUUUCCUAUAAAAGUAGUAGAAACUCUUUAUUCUGCCUUUUCCACUCUAUUGCAAAUCAGAGACCUGACUAAAGGCACAAAAUGCAAAAUUAGAAUUCAAUCCUCUAUGAACUCGAACACUUCUUUGUUUUGACUGACAUACGACAAUUAUGUAGAAACACGCAAUUAUGUUACUGUUUUGUCGUAGAACGAAGUUCCGUCUAUUUCCUAUCACUACAGAUCAAGUGUAGAAGUAAUAUGAAUAAGAAAUUGACAAAGUUUAUGGAUAUUCGUAAACAAUUAACGAU